AGUCCUGUCUGCUGGCAUAUCUGUUCCCUCUCUUUCAUAUCCCAAGAAAACAGGUAGAAGAGAAAGGAGAUGGAGAGAGUUCCAGCUUGCCUUCCAAAUGGAAUGAAAUCAGUGAAAGUUCCCCCACAUACAGAGUCAGCGCAUUCCCCCACCCCGUCAUCAAAUCAAACCUGGUUAGGGGACCUCUCCCUCAGAUAUCACCCCCUCCUCAAGCGGAACACAGGCUCAGCAGUCACAAAAGCCUGGAUUUGAAUCUUGGCUCUGUCAUUUUUUAUAGUUGUGUGGAACCGCAAGGAAGAUGCUUGACCUUUUUGAGCCUCAGUGUUCCCGCCUAUAAAAUGGAGAUAAUAGUUACCAACGUCACAGACUCACGCCAAAGAUUCAUUGUGAGACUAUAUAAACAGGGCUGUGCCUGGCACUUUGUAAGGGCUCAAAAAUUGCUAUUAAUGUUUUGGCGAUAGUUGACGUUUGGAGCCUGUUUUCCUUUCUACAAAUAAACUGUACAGUGUUAAUUUACCUGUCUUGCCCUGGAUAGAAAUGUUGGGGUGAGGGUAGAAGAAAGGGAAGCAUUCCAUGGGAUUUGUCCCCUUUACUCCUCCUGCCAACUCCCUUUUCCCUGGCCCCUCUCGUUUGAUCAGGAGCAGGACUGUCCCAGUCCCGAGAGCAGAGAAGGGCCAGGGCUGCACAUUUAGUCUUCUUGGAGCAGGCGUUUUGCAGCCAGCGAUGCCAUUUCUUAACGUGCUCUCGGCAUCUUCUCCCUCCCCAACUUGUAGGUCCCUCUCUCAUUUCAAAAGCCCUCCCAGGACUUCAAGAUAAAACACUUCCACCCUGGGCAAAUCGUUUUCAUUGAAUUCUCCAGUUUGCUGUCUCCAGUGCUGAAGAGAGACAUUUUAAUUAAUUACAGUCCCUGUGGGCUCAAGGAUCAAUAGAAGUAAAGAGCCGUGGGAUGAAUUUCUAGCCUCUGCUCUGUUUCCAGCUCCCUCUGUGACCUUGCACUAGUCGCUCAAAGCCCUCCAGGCCUCAGUUUACUCCUCUGUAAAAUGGGAGUACCUGUUUUUUCCCGGAGUGCCGGGAACCUCCAAAAAGGUAGGGUGAUCAAAAGUAUUAUAAACUGUAGAGUGCUGAGCACAAGUAAAUUAUUAUUGGGAUUGUAUUUAUUCAAAUCAGGGAUGUUUCUCUUCUGAGCCAUUUCUGGAACCUUCUUCCUUUUGCUUCUUUGAUGAGACCAGCUGGUAGGUUCCAUCUCUCUUUCUAAGCCUGAGAGAAGCAAGCAGCCCAGACAGAAUUAGGCAGGUGGAUGUGUAGAGAGGGUCCUGGUCUCCCAGCCCUAAGUUUCUCCAAAAGGAAGAGUGAUCAUACUAGUGGGACCUGGGAUAAGAAGCCAAAGCCUGGGAUUUUUCUGAAGAGUCCUGGCCCCUAACUGUUCUGACAUUCACUUCUCUGGCCACCUCUGGCACUGAGCCUUUAUAACCAUGAACAGAAGCCUUAUUUAUUCCAGCCUCUUCUUCUUUCUUCCUGCAGUGUAUUCUACACACAGCAGCCAGGGUGAUCUUUCUGAUGAUGUACAAGUCUGGUCAUGUUCCUACCCUGCUCAGAGCCCUCCCACGGCUUCCCACAGCCUUUAGGACAAAAUCUCGAGUUCUUGGUGUGGUGGCCCAGGCUCCGUAUGACCUGGCCCUGUCAGCUUCUCCAGUCACCAUCUCCUGCUCCCCCUCCAACUCCCUUGGGUCCAGCGUAGCCCACCCACUGUCGCCAGACACACAUUCUCCACCUGGUCCACAGGCCUCGAACAUGCUGCCCAGUGGGAAUUCCCCUGGCCUGGUCCCCCACAUGCUUCGGGUCUCCGCUGAGACAUCUCCUCCCCCAGCAAGCCUUCCCUGACCACCCUGCCUUCCCUCAGUCACAGUGGGUUCCCCUGGCACCCUGUGCUUGGGGAAGUCAUGGCCCCAUCCGUAUCCCAGGACAGUUCCUUUCCUUGGCAGUUUCCUCUCACCUUGCCUACCCCCUACCAGUGCGUGAGUUCCUUGAGAGCUGUGCCUGUAUGACUUGUGGACUGUCAUAACCCGGGGCCCCUAGCAUGCCUCCUGCCACAGAGUGCGUACCAAAUAACAGAGUGAAGAGUGGACUUAGAAUGUGACCACUGGAUGAGAAACCUGGGGGUACACCAUCACCUGGGCACUUCUCAGAUGCCAGCUUCCUGACCCCACCCCAGCACGGAUGCAGGUUCCUGUGGGUGUGCCAGGAAUCUGCGUGUUUAACAAAAAGCAUACAUGCAGGUGGUUCUGAUGCAGAUUUGAGGUGCUCUCAGCGAUCUGGUCCAAGCCUUGCAGUUUACAAGACAGGAAAGUGAGGUCCUGAGAUAGAUAGUAAGUGACUUCUGCAAGAUCUCAGUUCCACCGCAUCCCUCCCUCUCUUUCUCUCUCUCUCUCUCUUUCAUACAUAUAUUUUUGUGAGAUAAAGUAAGGGUCCAACACUUUUUUCACUCCCAAAAUGUUGAUCUUCAAGAAAGCCAUGGGAAGCACAGGAGAGAGAAUUUUGUCUUUUGUCCCUGUUUUAACCUUAGAUCUGAACUAGGAAACCUUGGCAUGUUUUUAUUUCUUUUCCAUAAAAAGUACCUACCUCAGAAUAUGGGCUACUUAUUUUUAAAAUUCGAAACAGUUACUUUCAGUCCAAGAUGUAUGUAAUUUUUUAAAACGUAGGAAAUCCCUGAUGUUUCAUUUUUCUGUUUCAGAGAUGAUUUGUAGAGAGUAUGAAUUAUCCUGCCUGGUGCCACGAGGUCUAUUUUUAUCCAUAUGGAGAUGCUGCGAGUAAACUGAGAGGACAUAUUUACUGUUGCUUAUAGUACCCAGUGAGGCUGCCUCUCUUUAAAGCUCGCUAGAGAGAAGCCAUUGUAGCAACAUGUGUUUAUAAUUCAUUCCAUCAGCUCAUUAGGACAAAAUGGGGAGGAAGGCUUCACCAGCUCCACAUGGAACAGAUAAAGUGGAGCGUGUUCAAGAGGAAAGCCCUGGGGACGCCAGGGAGUGAGGAAGGACUAAAGAAACUGGAUAUUCAGGUUUUCAUAGAAGAACCAGAGGCUGUAAAUGCCUGAAGUGCUGGGAUGGCAGGGAGAGGGCAUGAAAGGCAAGGGAGAACCUGGACCUGAGGGUGGGAAAGGCCUUCCACUGGAGGACAGGGAAGAACUUUCCAGCAGUGGAAUCCUGCCAGUGAGUGUCCUCAAAGGGCUCACACAAUCAGCAAAAGAAGACCUUUUUCUUGGGAGAUGGGCAGAAGCUGAAGGACUGGCACGACAAAGAAGCCAUCAAGAGGGAUGCUCAGCGUGUAGGAAACGGAGAACAAGGGAGGCCCUUCCCCAUGACCGAUGCUGAAAGAGUGGAUCAGGCAUACCGAGAAAAUGGAUUUAACAUUUACGUCAGUGAUAAAAUCUCCCUGAAUCGCUCUCUCCCUGAUAUUCGGCACCCAAACUGCAACAGCAAACGCUACCUGGAGACGCUCCCCAACACCAGCAUCAUCAUCCCCUUCCACAACGAGGGCUGGUCCUCCCUCCUCCGCACCGUUCACAGCGUGCUGAACCGCUCGCCCCCGGAGCUGAUUGCCGAGAUUGUCCUGGUGGAUGACUUCAGUGACCGAGAGCACCUGAAGAAGCCACUUGAAGACUACAUGGCCCUUUUCCCCAGCGUGAGGAUUCUCCGAACCAAGAAACGGGAAGGGCUGAUAAGGACCCGGAUGCUGGGGGCCUCAGCAGCAACUGGGGAUGUCAUCACAUUCUUGGACUCACAUUGUGAAGCCAAUGUCAACUGGCUCCCCCCCUUGCUUGACCGCAUUGCUCGGAACCGCAAGACCAUUGUGUGCCCAAUGAUCGAUGUGAUUGACCACGACGACUUCCGGUAUGAGACGCAGGCGGGGGAUGCCAUGCGGGGCGCCUUUGACUGGGAGAUGUACUACAAGCGGAUCCCGAUCCCUCCAGAACUGCAGAAAGCUGACCCCAGCGACCCAUUUGAGUCUCCUGUGAUGGCCGGCGGACUGUUCGCCGUGGAUCGGAAGUGGUUCUGGGAGCUGGGCGGGUACGACCCAGGCUUGGAGAUAUGGGGAGGGGAGCAGUAUGAAAUCUCGUUCAAGGUGUGGAUGUGUGGAGGCCGCAUGGAGGACAUUCCCUGCUCCAGGGUGGGCCAUAUCUACAGGAAGUACGUGCCCUACAAGGUCCCCGCCGGAGUCAGCCUGGCCCGGAACCUGAAGCGAGUGGCGGAGGUGUGGAUGGACGAGUACGCGGAGCACAUCUACCAGCGCCGGCCCGAGUACCGCCACCUCUCCGCUGGAGAUGUAACUGCACAGAAAAAGCUCCGCAGCUCCCUUAACUGCAAGAGUUUCAAGUGGUUUAUGACCAAGAUCGCCUGGGACCUGCCCAAAUUCUACCCACCUGUGGAGCCCCCGGCCGCAGCGUGGGGUGAGAUCCGCAAUGUGGGCACAGGGCUGUGUGCAGACACGAAACAUGGGGCCCUGGGCUCCCCACUGAGGCUGGAGAGCUGCGUCCGGGGCCGAGGGGAGGCCGCCUGGAACAACAUGCAGGUGUUCACCUUCACCUGGAGAGAGGACAUCCGGCCUGGAGACCCCCAGCACACCAAGAAGUUCUGCUUCGACGCCAUCUCCCACACCAGCCCCGUCACCCUCUACGACUGCCACAGCAUGAAGGGCAACCAGCUGUGGAAGUACCGCAAAGACCAGACCCUGUAUCACCCCGUCAGCGGCAGUUGCAUGGACUGCAGUGAACGUGACCACAGGAUCUUCAUGAACACCUGCAACCCCUCCUCCCCCACUCAGCAGUGGCUGUUUGAACACACCAACUCAACAGUCUUGGAAAAAUUCAAUAGCAACUGAGCCUUCACGUUCCCGUGGCAGGCCUGGCAGGGUCCUCUCCGGCAUUCACUGCAGCCUCCCUCUCCCAAGAGAGGCAGGGCUUCUGCGGACUCCGUCACGUAAAAGCUGCUGGCCAGCCGGGCCAGGGCAGAGGGGGCGCUUGAAGCUGGGCCAGGUGUCUGCCUGGCCCUGCAGGCCCAGAGUGGUGGAGCCGGGAUAGAGAGCAGACCCCACAAGAGGCCCCGCUCAAGAGCAGAGCCUGCUGCACCCCUGGUGGCAUCACGGAAAUCCAGGAGAGCCUUUUCAACUUUGUCACCACGUUCCCUUGAGCAUUAUGCAGGAGGACUGCCAGGGCAGCCCUAGACCACCCUAAAAUGAGUCCUCUGAGGCUGCCUAGCCUUCAGGUGGCUCAUACAUGACAGUCCUGCAGAGAGAGAGGCAAAUUCUGUCUGUAGGGGGGGCAGCUUUUAGCACCAGUGCCACCCAUCUGCAGCAGAAGGGAAAAAGUCUUUCUCGGGGCCACUGGUUUCAGCCUUUGAAUUUUUGCCUGCCCAGCGUCUGUUCUCUGUCACAGCCCCAGGAGAUGCAGUCAGUCGAAAGCCGUGCCUCGGGCCCUCCGAGUGUACAAUACUGACCACUGGCCAGCUGCCAGGCCUGGGGGCAGCAGCGCGACCCGCAGAUAUUCCUUUGCAGCCGUGGACAGACGGGAUGUCUCCCCUUGCUCUCAGGGUACUCGAAAUGCCCAUUUUAGCGCUCUCCGGGCACAAGGACAGCCCAGCCACCAGCUUUUCAGGACUGUGUUUCAGAUGGCCUUGGGCCUGUGGCACGGGCCCAGUAGAAAACCUCCAAACUAGAAAUUCUGGCUGAAUUUCCCUCAUCAGUGCUUCCAUAUCUCCCCCCCCCCCACCCCCGCCUCUCUCUCUCUCUCUUUCUCUCUCUCUCUCUCUCUCUCUCUCAGCCAACUGCCUUCCUCAGGAGAGGAACAGAGGUGUGAGGUCCGGAGGCCUCCAGGGUGGACCAUGGGCAGAUGCCUAGCCUCUGACUCAUUGUGGUUCUGGUUCUCAUAUGGAAUUAUAGAAUUUUUAAGGAACUCUGUACUGUGAUCACAAACUAAAAUGACACGUAGGAUUCUGGUAUUCUAGCAUCCAAUAUGGAUUUCUAGGAUGCUGUGCUUAGCCAGCCAAGUGUAAGACAUUCGAGGCAGCCCCCCCAGCCUAGAGACAAUCUGUGAAGUCCAAUGUUGGUGGUGCUGGGGGAGGGGGCAGGAGACCUGUGUCCGUCAGCUCAUACCGGAGGCCUUGGUGUGACACGGUCCUCAGCCCAGACCUAAAGCCCUGCCAACCUGCCACCAUGGUCACACCUGCAGUGGAGAACAGAUCCCAGUGUCCCAUGAACAGACAUGUACCUAGCUCCAUGCCAGUCCUUUGUGUUUACCUUUUGCUUUGUUACUUAUGUGUCAGCCUCCCAGAGGGCUCCCAAACUAAUAGGAAGUGUUUCUGUAACCAGCCUGCCACCCACUGAUUCAGACAUGGAAAUCGCAGUCUACAGCCCACGGCUUCUGCCAGCUAGCCCAGGAAGUCCUUGAAUCAGUAUUCCAAUUAGAGUCGAGCCUCUCGACUGUGUUAUUUACCAAUGAAAUAACUGAGACAUAAAUCUGGGAGCAGAGCCACGAAUCUGCCUUUGAGAUGCUGGCUGAUCUCAAGGCUGUCAAUUAUCUGGGGAGGGAAGUAAACAUUCCCGGCCACCACCACCCCGAUUAAGCGUGCAGCGGGCGAAGUGUCACUUCCACUUCUGCCUCAGCACAAGCCCUGCUCUGGCCACCUGCCCGUAGGAGAGGCAGCCCCGUGCUUACAAAGCCUGCUUGUCGAUCCCUGGUGUCUUUUCCAAGGGAGUGCUAUAUCUUUAGAAGUGGCCCUCUGUAGGAAGGAGUCGAAGAUGAGACCCCUUUCAGAAUCUAGGAUAACAAGAGUGUCGCAAUAUGGGAGAACUGAGUUAGGAUUCAUCAUCAGAGAGUAAUUCAGCAUCAUUAAAAUACAAACUGUGCCUUUUAAAAAGAAAAAAUGCAAAUGUACAGCCAAUCCCUAAACUUGAAUCAUUUCCUAGUGCCUUGCUAGACAUAAAGGGGCGGGGUUGGGGGGAGGGGAAACAUUUUUGGUGGUGUGUGCAGUUCCUGUUGGAUGAGUGUGUGUUUCUUAAUGUCUAAUUUCAAGCAGGAGGCGUUGGGCCUAGAGCAGGAUCUGAGACAGCAAUGCCUCCCAAGGGCCAGAGGCCAGAAGUUAUUCCAUUUUAUGCAAAUAACACCCCAAAUUUAAAGGGUAACUGCAUGGCUCACUUAAUCUGUGGCCAAGAAGGGCCUCAGCAGCCCCUGGGAGAGGGCCCUGUUUGGAAGCCAUGCCUGCAGCCCCAAAUCCCACGCCCAGGUGGAGGGCGGAGCAAUGGCUAGGUUUCCAAAUGGUCCCACUCCAAGUGGGUGACAGGACGCAUGUGGGAAGCAGGAGCAGCAGCAAGCGGUCCUCAGUCGUCCUCUUUUCCAUCCUUUGGUUCUCCUUUUGAGUCUGGCUUUGCACCCUCAACAAGGGAUGGGCAGGUCCUCUGAGCACUCUGGCAUUUGUAAUUGCUGAGCCCACAUCUGUAGGUGCUGAGACUUGACAUAGCCUGUAAUCAAGGAAGGAAGGAGAGAAGUCCAUUUGUUAACUGGCCAACUGAUCGCACAUACUAGCCACCCAUUGUUUUGUCUUCAUUUUGGAAAACCACCUGGCUCAAGGAUCCAGGUCCCUGCUCCACCCUGGCUGAUGCUCAGUCAAAUAGCCAGGAGCCUGUGGAGGUGCCGUCAGCCAGGUAAUGUGUGAGAACGUGGACCCUUUUUCCUUUAGAGCCUUUCUUCUGAGCAUGGGGUCGCAAAACAGGGUGUGGCUAGAGAGUAUCAUGCCUGUGUGGCCCACCAGCAGCCUUUCCAAAGGGGGACUCCAGAAACAUUUUGGAAUGCAAAGAGCAUCUUCACUGUCAGUACAAGGCCUUGGAGGAGGUGGCUAAGUGUGCAGGCACACGUGGGAAAAGCCAUUCCACCUUGUGCUUCCAGUUGGAGCUUUCAACUUUUAAAACAGUCCAGGAGCUAUCAGUUCCCUAUUUUUGGAAGAAAUAGCUCAGAGGCAGAAGGGAGUACAUCCACAAAAGGGAUCUAAUGGGAGAUACGACCUUAGGACCUGGGGAGAAAGAGCAGUUCUUGUUGAAGAUGUAGUUCUUGUUGGAUUCCCAAAGUCCACAUGGUAUUCGCCACCUGCUGAAUUUCUUUUUCUCCUUAAGGAAUAGGUGAUGUCCUUGAAGAUGACGCCAUAUUUCUUUCUGUGCAUCUCUCUACUUUUCGUCUCUGAAGUUUCAGAAGAGUGGCGAAGCACUUUACAGUAGUAACUGAGAAAUCUGGACUCCUUGCUUCAGGGAUCCCUCGUUUGCACAGAUUGGGUGAUCCUUUGUAAUUCUUAGAAGGCAAUGCAUUUUUAAUUAAGUUUUCUGAAGAUUUCUAAGUGUGGGAGAAGGGCAAGGUGCGAGUUCUGUCCUGGAAUUCUUUUCUGCUUUCAACUGAUGCAUUUUUGUGAAAAUCCAAGUAAUAUGUUUGUUCAAACUUGAUCUUGAGCCAAGGCCCACUGUCACCUUUGGGGUGGGAGUUGGACCUACAUUCCAAGCGACAAGGUCCUCUUAACAUCCACUCCCAAAAUGGCUUUGAUUCAGCCAUGCCAGCCAACAAGGUCAGGGUCCUGCUCUGUUACAGGCCUGAAGGUGGAUCCCAAAGGGAUUACAAGCAAGGAAUACUUGAGAAGUCAGACCUGGGAUUCCAUAGAGAAAGCUCGAGACCGCCAACCUCUCAUCUCCUGCCUGGAAAAGUGAGCCUUUGUGAAGACCUGACUUACCAUGUACAACUGUGAUUGUGACUGUUGUUGAGUAAACCUCCAGACUUUUCUCUAAUGUGGUCUCUGGCUAAUUCCUUGUCCUGCGCCAUUCUCCAGUCCAUCGUUCCCUGUGUAUUCGUCGAGCACCCGCUCAGUGCCCAGGGCCUCUGCUAGGUCCAGAAUAAAUUCCCAACAGCCAUCGUUCUAGAGAGGAAGGCAGACCUCAAACAACUCACCACGAUGAUGUCAGGUGUGAAUAGGGCUAUGAAGGAUAUAAACAAGGUAUUUUAGAGACUGGGGUAGGGAUCAACGUGAGGUAGGAUAGUCAGGGAACGCCUCUGUGAGAGCUGGAUGAUAUGAGGAGGGUGUACGAGCCAAGAGGCAGCUUGGUGGAGGAGCAUUCCGGGCAAAGGGAACAGGCAGUGCAAAGGCCCUGAGGGAGGAAGGAGUUCCCGUGUUGGAGGCACAGAAGGAGUUCACAGACUUAGGCGAGGUAGCCCACAAGGGGUCUUACACCCAAAGAGCACACCCACAAGUGGAGGAUUUCAGUGAAAAUGUGAAACAAGCUUAGCUCAUGUCUUAUGUUCACCCAUGAGCCACAAGUCCCUGCUUACCAAAGCGUUGUGAUGCUUCUGAGUAUUCGAUUAUGUAAUACCAUGUAGUGGAAAGAACGCUGGUUGGCCCAGCUCUGCAACAGACUCGGUGAGAUCUUGGGCAAAUCCUGCCCGCUAACUAGGUCCCAGUUUUACACAGUGAAGUGAGUUUUUUGAUGAUGCUUCCAGCGCCACCUGUGCUCCUGUGGCUGAGUCUUGGGGUGGGGCUGCAGGAGGCCAUGAACAGAAGCUAUCCUGGUGCUGUCGUUCAGGGCCCACUAGAGGGCGCUGUGGACCGCGGCUUGGAGAAGGCUGAUUAACAGAAAGGGGGCUCUGAUCGCUGGCCACUGCGGCAGGUUUGAGCCCUGGAACACGAAGGUAGAUACUGUCUUUUGUAACUCGUGUUGUUCGUUGUUGUUGUUGUUUGAAAAAUCUUUUACCACCCAUGAAUUCUAAACAGUUUAAUGGUUUCUUUAAAAAGAUUUUACUAGGAAAUAAAGGGAGGGAAGAACAUUCCAGGUGUAGGGGCAGCCUGGGCAAAGACCCUGUGGGGGGAGCAUGACAGGUAUGAAGGUCAGUGAGCUGGAGCAGAGUGGGACAGACAGAGGAGACGAGAAGGAGGGGCAAACCGAGCCAGGCCCUGCGGGGCCUUGCGGGCCGUGUUACCGAGUCUCUGAUCUUUAUAUAUAUAUAUAUAUAUAUAGUUUUGUUUUUGUUUUUGUUUUUUUGCGGUACGCGGGGCUCUCACUGUUGUGGCCUCUCCCGUUGCGGAGCACAGGCUCCGGACGCGCAGGCUCAGCGACCAUGGCUCACGGGCCCAGCCGCUCCGCGGCAUGUGGGAUCUUCCCGGACCGGGGCACGAACCCAUGUCCCCUGCAUCAGCAGGCGGACUCUCAACCACUGCGCCACCAGGGAAGCCCCACUGAUCUUUAUUUUAAAAGCAGCAGGAACCAUUAAAGGGUUUGGGCAGAGUGAGAGCAUCAGUUGUGACUUUGACGGACGUCUAGAGCCAGGAAUGAGUUGCUCAAGGUGCUAGGCACGUACUAGGCACCUGGAGCCCGCAGAGUGAGAAACAAAUCCAGCGCAACUGGCCCUCAGGUGCUCUUCAAAGUCACUGACAGCUGAGGCGGGCGACGGGAGAAGAUCACGUUUCUCAUCCAUUUUAGUUCCUCAUCCUCCCAAGUCUGCGAGCGAGAGGAGAAUCCAAGGUAAAAAAGCGCUUAGCCGGACACACAGUGGGAGCUCUUUUGUGUUGUUGGCAUACUUAUUGGGAAACAGAUUCAGAGAAUUUGCCAGUGUGCUCAAAGGUUUGCAUUUUUCUUUUCUCACGGUGGGGUUGGGACUUCGGGGCUCCUGGCACUUAGGACUCAGUAAGUAUUUGAUGAAUGGACAAAUGGAUGAAUAAUCUAGUUUCAGAUUACACUUCAGGCCUUUUUUUCCUCCACUCUCAGCCCACAGAUCCUACAGUGAGUUCUACCAUGUUUGCUAUAUGCUGUGUGCCCUUGAGAAAGUCCCUUCCCCUCCCUGGGCCUCAGGUUCUCCUUGCAACCAUGAGAAGAAGGGGAGCAAAUUAGAUAACGGUCAACCCGGAAUCUUCUAGUUCCACAAGUCUUGCAUCCAGUAUUUUGCAAUGGCCCAGAUUGUGUUAAGGAUUUAUUUUCCAAGUUCAGCUACGGGAUGAGAUCCCCUCCUGGUUCUAUUAUUGGUGUCUCCCACCCGCGAGCUUCUGGCCUUCUGGUGAAGUGGGUCCAGGACUCAGCAUCCAAAGCCUCCUUCCUGCAGCUGCUCACAGCUCUGCCAAUCUCCGGCCUCAGGCAGCUGUCUCCUCUUUUGUUCACCCUCAGUGCCUGGGCUGCCCAGCUUGGCAAUACCUGGCGUCCCGAAUGGUGCUCAGGGCAGCCUGCGGCUCUUGCCUUCAAGUCUGACUUGAUUCAGGUUGGCAGGCUGACAGCCCUGGGCACACUUCACACCCACUCUCACACACACAACGCCAUAGAAACAAAAGAACACACGGUGAGCCCUCAGAAAAAGCAGGUUUCUUAGCAACUUUACAGCCUUCGUUCAUGAGCUACUUGAAAUUGAAGCAGCGUCUGAUCUCCUGCCAGCUCCUGCCUGGGGAUGGGGAGAAGGGGAUGGCGGGUCUGUCUUUGCUGGAGCUGAGAGCUCAGCUUCCCCACCGCUGGCCUAUCAGUCAGCCUGGGAGGCAGAGGCCUAAAUUCCAGGUUUGUCCAGGUUCUAGGAGAGUCCUCGCUACGGUUGCUUCACAGCUGCAGCGGCAGAAUUCAAUCAACAAACCAUACUGAAACAUGUACUGUGGGCUCGUGGUGGUCCAUGCUCUGUGCCCAGAGUGGUUGAUCCCAGCUCUGUCCUCGGCCCUGGAAAAAGACAGGUAAAUAAGGGACCACCUGCAACCUCUAGAGCCUAGUGAUGAGAACAAACAAGGACACAGACAGGUGAGAAGAGAAUAACUUGAUUUCCGCUGCACUGCCUACAGGUUGCAGUUUGCACUAUUUUACACCUUGCAGCUUUACCCCAGGCCUUUAGAAUAAAACCCAAACUUUUUAGCCAGGCCCAAAAGGUCCUUUGGAGCUGGCCCCUGCCUGCUUCUCCAUCACGUCCUAACAGGGCUUAGGUGCCCACACAGGCCAAGGCUUUCCCACCUCCAGACCCCGCUGGACUCUGUUUGGAAUGUUCUCCACCUGCUCUGCAGCUUCUUUUCAUCCUUUGGGUGUCAGCCCAACUGUCACCUCACCCAAGAGGCUUCUCUAUCAAGAACAGACCCACACACAUCGUUCACUCAUUCUCAGCACCUCUGUAGCCCCCCUCCUCACACUUAUCCUGAUAACACAGUCUGUUCUCGUGAUUCACAGCAGUUUUGUUCUAUAAAGUCACCAUGGACACUAAAUGAGCGAAUACAGACCCAUCACUCCUAGGGGAAGCACAGGAUUAGGUUCCUGCCAGCCUUUGGUCACCACAUUUUCAUCAAGCCAUCAAUACAUAACCUUGUUUUAUGUGCAUUUCUGUUUAAAGACACUUCAUUUCAUAUAGAUCAUUAAUCCAUUCACAUUGAACUCACAGCCAACACUAUAACUCAUGCCUCAAUGAAACUUAUCUAACAUAUAUCUUUUCUCCGUCAGGCACAUCCCAGCCUUCUGUGCUUAGGAACGCUAGGCAGUACCUCAGCACUAUGCUUACAGGGCAUUUUAAACCAAAGCCAUCAACGAAAGCACAGAAAUGUAAACAGUGCAACCCAGAAUAAGAUGGCAAGAAGGACUUUUGUUUACAGUGCGAGAGCUGAAUUGACCUCAGCUGGGAACAUGCAUGGUGGGUGACUCCAAUUUUUCUCCACUCUACACAUGCACACGUCCAGAAGUGACCUCAAAAGUGCAGCAAGUAUCGGUUUUGAGGUUACAAGUACAUUUUAGUGAGUAGGCAAAUUUGCAAACCAAAAUUAGCAAAUGAGGAUUAUUUUAAUUAUUAGUUAUUUUAUUCCUUCAUUUAGGUGUUUGAUGUCUUUCUCCUCACUGGACUUCAUGAGGGUAAUGCUCUUUCUGUACUGCUCACCAUUUUAUCCCCAGCUCUUAGCAGAACUGAUUCGGACUUUGAAAAUUGUUGAGCUAUUGUUGAACCAAAUAACUUAUCUCUGGAAUUUUUGUUUUGUGAGAUUUAUUAAUACUCAUGUUUUAUGUCACUGUUAGUUGCAUAUUUAGUGAGGGCCAAAAUAAAACAGCUACCCAGGGCUUUCUCCUGAUCACACUCACAGAAGAUUGAUAGAUAAAUCAAAACUUGAAUUUUUCAUGGGCAUUAGAAUUUUCCAGUGAGGCAAAUAAUUACAUGCAGUUUCCUAGUCUCAGCUGAAUUAUUCCUUAGAAACUUGCUUGGUAACCUAGCGUUAAAGAAAGAAGUGGAGAGGGCUAAGGGAAUUUUUGCCUUCCCCAUGACAGAGUAUACACAGGCCCCUAUAUCCAUACAUAAAUUCAUUUCUGAAAAUGUGACUAAUCUCAAAAGUCAAACGACAAAUGCAUUCUGUCAACAGAGCACAUCUGUUCCUAGGUGAUAAAAUAUGGUAUAACUCUCGCAAUUACACUUGCAUUUCUGGACACAACCUUUGAUGAUAUAUAUCCAGUCUUGACUAAUACAACUUCAAUUUGAUUGUUUUCCUUCACAAAUCAAAAAGCAGGCUUGAGAACAUCCAGUGGAGGCUAAAGAUUCAUUCCUUUCAAUAAAUCUAGUUAUUUCUCUUUUUUUCCAGUUUUAAGUCAGUAAAAUGUUAUCUUUUAAAAAUUUUUAUUGGAGUCGAGUUGAUUUACAAUGUUGUUAGCUUCUGCUGUACAGCGAAGUGAAUCAAUUAUACAUAUAUACAAAAAUCACAUAUAUACAUAUAUAAUUACACAUAUAUCCACUCUUUUUUAGAUUCUUUUUCCCACAGAGGUCAUUACAGAGUAUUGAGUAGAGUUCCCUGCGCUAUACAGUAGGUUCUUAUUAGUUAUCUAUUUUAUACACAGUAGUGUGUAUAUGUCAAUCCCAAUCUCCCAAUUCAUCCCUCCCCCCACUUCCCUCCUAGUAACCGUCCAAGUUUGUUUUAUACGUCUGUGACUCUGUUUCAUAAACAAGUUCAUUUGUACCAUUUUUUGAUUCCACAUGAAAUCUAAUUAUUUCUAUCUCUAUAUCAAUUAUAAAGAGUUAAUGAUACACAUACUUCCUUUUUUAAACAGCCUUAUUGAGCUGUAAUUCACCCAUUUACAGUGUAUAAUACAAUGUUCUUAGUAUGUUCACAAGGCUGUGCAGCCAUCCCCACUUCCUAAUUCCAGAACACUUCUGUCCCCCUAGAAAGAAGCCCUGUACCCAUUAGCGCUCACUCCCCACCCCGGCCCCCGACCCCAAGACCCUCAGCCGUUGGCAACUGCUAAUCUUACUGUCUCUAUGGAUUUACCUUUUCUGGACAUUCCACAUAAAUAGAAUCAUGAAAUAUAUGACCUUUUGUGUUUGGCUUUCACUUAGCAUAAUGUUUUCAAGGUUUAUCCCUACUGUAGCAUGUAUCAGUACUUGAUUUCUUUUUGUAGAUGAAUAAUAUUCCAUAUUCUCGAUAGAAUUUUGUUUAUCCAUUCAUCAGUUGAUAGAUAGUUGGGUUGUUUCCAUGUUUUUGGCUAUUGUGAAUAAUGCUAUGAACAUUCAUGUACAGGUUUUUGUGUAGAUGUACACUUUCAUUUCUCUUGGGUAGAUACCUAAAAGUGGAAUUGCUAGGUCAUCUGGUAAUUCUAUGUUUAACAUUUUGAGUAGCUGCUAAACUGUUUUUCCAAAGUGGUGUCACCAUUUUGCAUCCCUCCUAGCAAUAGAUGCAGGUUUCAAUUUCUUCAGAUCUUCACCAACACUUGCUGUUGUCUGUCUUAUUGACUGUAGCCAUCCUAGUUUGUGUAAAGUAAUAUCUCAUUGUGGUUUUCAUUUACAUUUCCCUAAUGAUUAGUGAUGUUGAGCAUCUUUUCAUGUGCUUAUUGACCAUUUGUAUACGCUCUUUGGAGAAAUACCUAUUCAAACCCUUUGUCCACUUUUUAAUUGGCUUGUCUUUUUAUUAUUGACUUGUAAGAGUUCUUUAUAUAUUCUGUAUACAAGUCCCUUAUCAGAUAUAUGAUUUGCAGACAUUUUCUCCCAUUCUCACUUGCUUUAGAUGCACGUGUCACAUCGCUACUGUUGGUACUUUCACUUUGCCAUUCACACAAUUUUAUGAGAUUAAGAUGCAAUAAAAUAAUCAAGUACUUUCCCAAUCAUUGCUAGGCAGAUGGAUGUGGAGACCACCCAUGCAGAAACUGAACAGUUGGCAGAUAAGCAGUGCCACCUUGCCGUCUUGUCCUUUGAUGUCUCUCCCUCACAUGCAGAAACCUGAACUCAAUGGGAAGCUUAGAGGUGUCAUCAUGUAACAUGUGAAAUAAUAACUACCGCUUAUUGAGCACUUACUAUAUGCAAGACAUUGUGCUAAGUGCUUUACAUUUAUCACAUAUGAUUUUCACAGAAGCCCUAUAAGAGAAGUACUAUUAUCUCAUUUUAUAGAUGAAGAAAACUCAGACUCUUAUAGUUUAAGUUGUCAAUGGUUCUACAGCAAAUAAAUUGGCAGAGGUGGGAUUCAAACCAAGUGCUUCAGAGUAAGGAGCCCUUGCUCUUAUCCAUGAUGCCAAGAGCCGCGAUACCUGUCAAGUGCCAGGCUGCAGACAAGGGCCAGAGCCAGAGGAAUCUUUCACAGGUUCUCAGUGGAAUAAGGAAAAUAAGGCUAAAUUUAUUCCAUUUAGAUGACUGCCCUUUAUUUUGAGAUUCUUCCUACUUUUUUGGUAUUCUGUAUCGCCUACUAACGAAACCAAAAGACAGUAUUUUUCUUACCGUUAUUAUAAAAGAAAUAUAGUCACAUGGUAAAAUAUUCAAAUAGGAAAAUGCAUUAUUAGCUUCAAAUUCUUUCUGCCUUUCCUUCCUUGACCUGCAGUCUCCACCAUAGAGGCAACCACAAUUACUAGUUUGUGUAUCCUUCAUAUACAUAUGUGCAUGAAUGGGUGUAUAAAAUUUUCUUGAAAUACAAAUGGAACUUAUACUCUACAUACUGCUCUGUAUCUUUUCUUUUUUCACUUAAUAUCUUGGUAUCGUUGAAUAUAUUUAAUUUAUUGAAAAAACGUUGACUGAGUCCCUACUCUGGUAGCCGCCAGAAUUGGAGAAUUAGUGUUGUAUGCACUCGAGCUACAGCAGCAAAUAAUACAGACAUGGUCCCUGCCUUCAUGGAGCUUAUAUUGUAAUGGGACAGACAGUCACACAACAAAAAGAAUAAUAAUAAAAGAGAUUAAUUGCAUGUUGUGAUGAAUGCGAAUAAGAAAAGACACUGAACAGAGAACAGAUGGGCACAGGAAACCAACUGCUCUUAAUCUCUCUGGGGAGAUGACAUUUAAAUUAAGACUUGAGGGAUGGAGCCAGCCAUAAAGGAGCAGGUGGAACAGCAUUCCAGUCAGAGGGAACUGCCAGUGCAGAGACCUUGAGGUAGGAAGGAGCUUGGCCUUUUUGAGGAACUUACAGAAGAAUAAUUAGAGCUGAGGCACGGGGAGCAGGGCAAAGAGAUGGCAGGGGGCAGUGUCAGAAUGCACUGGGAAGCUGGUGAGGGGUCUUAAGGAGGGUGUGGCAUGGUCUAGUUUGUGUAGAUGCUCCCUAGAGAACAAGUGACUUAGUGACCUGCUCAGAGGCCAGUGAAACACUUCAGGCAAAAGAUGAUGGUGAGCUGGGCUAGGCGGCUGGCUGCAGAAAAUGAAGCAAAGAGGACAGAUUCUAAAUAUCUAUUGGAAGUAGAAGAAAGUGCCUUGAUGAUGGGUUGGCUUGGAGUGGGGUGAGAGGGAGGGAGAGUCACGGGUGAUGCAGGUCUCAAUUUAUGAAUUUGGGUAUCAGAGAAGGUUAACUUGAACAUCGUGGUCUGUGAUGCCUCUGGAACAUUCCAAGCAAAGAGCUGAAUGUUGUUAUCUGGAGUUCAGAGGAGAGGUCUCAGCUAGAAUUAUAAAGCUGGGGGUUAUCAACCUGCAAUUUUAAAUAUCUGGGGGUAGGUUUGGGUAUGGAAAAGAAUGUUACAGUUACUGACUCAAGUUGCCCAUUUAAAAACGUAGCUUCUCCUAAAGGCUUUAAAUUCAACUUACAAAUCUUGUUAUUCCAUUAUAAGUCUAGUAAUUUUUUGUAUGAAGAUAAGGACAAUCACUUUCACUUGUUCUGAUUACUAUUAAAUUAAUUCUUAAAUUUAGUAGCUUCAGUCCUCAAACAUUUAACAGACUUACAGCCUUAAUUAAUCAAAUUUCCUUAGACAUUUCAGACUACAGUUACAAAAUUAAUAUGCCUGAUUUUCUCAAACACUUUAAAUGUCCAAUAAGGGCAGACUUACAAAUCUAAAAAGCCAGAUCUUUCUAAGCACUUAACCAUAUGUUGUAGAUUCAUUACCUAAAGUUACAAAUGUAACAAGUCAGAUUCUCUGGGCCAUUUCAAGAAUCUUAAAUCCUACACAAAGCAGAACAAGAUCACAGAAACUUCUCUCCUGUAUUCAUUCCUUCAAUAUCUGAAUAUUUAUUUAUAUCUCCCCUCUGGAGUUACAGAUUUACUCCCCCAGCAAGGGGAUCAGAAUUUUUUCCAAAUAUUACUAUUUGGAACUAACCUAUAUAACAACAUGGGGAAAGCUUAUGAGAAAGCUUUCCUUGAAGAAAGACUACAAAAUUGUAUGUAAAGGAUGGUUAAAAGCAUGUGCCCCGCCCCCAAGAAAAUACAUAGAGGCUGGGGGUAAUUAGGAGAGAAACCGCACAGUAAUUUGAACAGGGAAAGGUUAAUAUAAAGAUUUAUUAAUUGUAACAGGGGACUGUAGUAACGAGGCAUUGCCCAGUAAGAAGUAAAGAGAACUCUGAAGAAUACAGGAAGAGCAGAUGGAAGGAGCAGACAAUACUCCUGGGGCUGAGAGAGAGGACCCAGGAGAAAGGACCCCCUGCCCCUCCCCCACCAGAAGGGUAGUGCCAGGGGAAGCUGGUGCUGAAGAAACUGUGUGUACUGCAGUAGCCUGGUGCUGGAUGCAAAUGCUAUUUUGAAACAAAUAUAUGUGGGAAAUGUAGGAGCUCUUAUCCAUACUAAUCAAGUUUGAAAGCAACAUCACACACUGCCUUGUACAGAUACCCAGCUGUUUUCUGUGUUGAUGUCUGAGCUCCCCUGCUAGAAGAUAUCCUCUUUUAAAGCAAGGAUUAUAUUUCAUCUUCCUCGUAUGGCCAAGCCUGAAGUGAGUAUACAUUAUAUGCUCAAUAAUUUAUUUUUGAAUAUAUGAACUCUGAGGGAAGAAUCCUACUCAGCUUGCCUUUUUUCCAUUAAUUUUUUAUUCUCUGUUUUCCUACUGUAAAGGCAAGAAAUAUUUACUGGGGAAAAUGCAAAGGUAGAAUAAAGGGAGGAAAAUAUCCAUCAUAAUUACUGUUGGUACUUUGGUGUAUUUCUUAGGCACAAAUAGUUGUUUUUCUUUUUUUAAAAACAUAGAUGUACACACAUCAUAUCCCAUAUGCAAUGUUAUAUCCUGUAUCUUAAACUUAACGUAAAUAAAGCACUUCUCCAACUCAUCAACUCUU